ACGAGAGUGAAUAAAAACAAAUAAGUUAUGGCUGAUGAAUAUCAAGCAAGUGUUUGUGGAGGAAACUGGUGGAAUUCAAGUAGAAGUAUAUUUGGUUCAUCACUAUGUGCAUCUUCAGUUCCUUUAGGGAACUCUAAUUUUGCAUGGACAAAUGAUCAUUUGUUGGAUAUGAAAUCUUCCUGUAGGUCUAACGAUGAAUCUGGUAAUUCUGAUGAAUCUGUUGUUCUUCAAGAAUUACCUAAACAUGAUUCCACUCUACAAAUCUUGGGUAUUGGCCUUAAUUCUUCAUCAACAUCAGAUCAUAAUAAUUGGAGUCAUACCUUGAUGCAUGGAAAUGAUAGGAGUGAAAGUAGUUAUCCUUCAAUACUACAAGAAGACCUAAAUUCAAGCAUGAAUUACCAACAAGAAAGUGGGGUUGAUUGUUCAAGCAACUCAUUUAAACAAGAUUUCACUUUAGGAAUGAAUCAUCCAAUCACUAGCUCAACUAAUACUCAUCAUCAUGAUCAAAUUUCUUCAACCUUUCCAAUGAAUUCAUCUUUCUCUAAUUAUCCUUCAGCUUUACUUCAAACUUUAUUUGAUAAUGAUCCUCCUCCUCCUCAACAACAACAAUUACAACAAUCUUUGUUUGCUAAUACUAAUAACAACCAACCAAUGAAUUUCCCAACAUCAUCCUUAAACUACAGGCCAGAUUUGAAUGACUUUUCACCUUCUAUGCCUAAAUUCCCUAAUUCCUUGUUGAUACCAAAACAAAGUACACCUUCUGAUCAUUUUCCAAAUUACUCUCUUAAUGCUACCACUUCUCUCUACAAUACUUCAUCAGCCACAUCCUUAAACAAUAUGCGCGGUAAUCUUAUGCAUCCACAAAUUCUCCAGUCACCAACAUUUAACGAGAAUUCCAGAGCUCCUAACGUUACUCCAAAGUGUAAAGUUGAAGAUUUAAGAGAAUCGAGGGUGACUAAGAAAAGUGUGAAUAAUGAAGCAACAUUGAAGAGGGCAAGAAUAGAGACACCAUCACCAUUGCCAACUUUUAAGGUCAGAAAAGAGAAAUUGGGGGACCGUAUUACUGCUCUCCAGCAAUUGGUUUCACCUUUCGGAAAGACUGAUACAGCUUCAGUUCUCCAUGAAGCUAUUGAGUACAUCAAGUUUCUCCAUGAUCAAGUCAAUGCUCUUAGUACUCCUUAUUUGAAAAAUGGAUCAACCACUCAACACCAACAGAUUGUUGAUAAGGUUAAGGAAGAAGAUUUGAGGAGCCGAGGAUUGUGCCUGGUACCGAUAUCGAGUACUUUUCCAGUAGCAACUGAAACUAGUACAGAUUUUUGGACUCCAAAUUUUGGUGGUACGUUCAGGUAGAGACGAAGUGAUUUCAUUUUUAGGUAAGAAAAGGGAAAGUGAGUAUUGACAGCCAAUGCUAGCUGGGCCAUAUCUACAG